CCGAUCCAUCAUCCCGCAUCGAACGAAAUCAUCUUUUUCUCGAAUUUUCAAGGGCCGCAGUUCCCACUUUAUCCGUACUUUUGUUAGAGAUCCAGGAACCCUGCUGCCGCUCUUGGAUGCUUCAGGCGCGCGGGCUUUGAAUAAUUAAUCAACUGCCCCGCGCAGGCGCAGUAUUGCUGCUAGUCUUUUCUGUCCCUCUUCUUUCUCGGUUCUGCGUUCCGGAUCUUUUGCCAUCUUUCCCUUUUCUUACGGCCUCACGGACCCGGCUUGCCCUAUCCGCAGCGUUACAUUUCUUCCUAUCGCCAUGGUCUCCUCAGCUUCGUAUGCAGCGGCCGCGUUGCUGGCCCUGUUCGCGACCUCCGGGGCGGCCCAGAACUUCACCAUUGCCAACGGCCAGAUUUUCACGCCCGGGUUGAUCAUCUUGGAUGCGCCUCAGCCGGGGACCCCGCUGGGCGGAGAUAACCUUCAUGUUGCGAUCGACGUCUCGACGAACGGCAAGAUGCCGCUGCCGCCGUACGCCUCGGAUAGCCCGACCAAGAUCUUUAAUGUGACAAUGUUCUUGUCAAGCUACAGCACGGGCCGCAACUUCACCAUCUCCAACGGCACGGCGACGGCCAACAACGCCAGUCUGGGGGAGAUUAUGACCCAGGAGCCCGGCAGCACGGUGAAGCACGUGAACUGGAUAUGGCCGGAUUGUCUCGUCGGCAACGGACAGCCCAGCUCGAGCGACAGCGAUCGCGGCGCAUACAAUAUCUCUAUCCGUCAAAAUUUCCGCCUCAACGGCGAAGACCACUACACAAUCUUCGACGUGCCCAUCUCCGUCACGAACAGCAUCGAGCAGAAAGACGGCCGGCCCUCAUGCGACGCCCUCAACAACCCGCUCCUCACCGCUGAACAACUCAACGCCACAGCCGCCAACGGCGUCGGCGUGCUCUUCGCGCCGGGUGACUCCACCGCCAUUGAAGUCAAAUCGGGAGACGGCAGCGGCGACGACGGGCUCGGUGGGACGAAGCCCGAGGCGACGCCCGGUGACGGACUCGGCGCGGGAGCGAGCUUGAGGUGGAGGGAUGGGGCGUAUUGGUUAUGUUUGGUAAGCAUCGGUGCCGCGCUGAUGCUCUGAUCGAAGGAGGUUUCCGUUUUAGCCCAGUUCCGCGUGGCUGAGCUGGCUGAUGUGUGAGGAAACGUUGGUAACACUUGUGCCCAUUCAUGAUACCCCCAGACACGGAAGCUGUAUUAGUACAUAUUUCUUAAGGUGAUUGAUUGAUUACCUUUGCGCACAGAUAUUUCAAACGGCCGAACAUUUGAUCUCUUCUAGAAGUUGGCAGAGGGCGAACGAAGGUGGGGAGG